GGAAGGGAUCGGUUCAGUGUGAGCUCGGCAGCUCCCGGGCGCGUUUGCAGUCCGGCACACGCAGCCGGCGCCGGGAGCAGGAGGAGGGAGAGCACCUCCGUCUCCAUCAGCCAGAGCACCUGGACACCUGGCCCCGCUGCUCGCUCGGAUCUGCCUGUACCCGCUGGAGGAGCAGUGGGGUGGGGUGGGGAGAGAGCUGUGCCCCCCAGGGCCAGCAGAGACACUGACCUAGCCCAACCUCUCCUUUUUCUUUUUCUUUUUUUUUUCCUAUUUUUUUUUUCUAUCAUUUUAUUUUGCCAGCUCCAAUUUAGCCCAGGAUCUUUUAACUGCUGCCAGCGGUGGAGCACAGAUCGGGAUUAGAUCUUUUCCUCCCCUGUUCCCAAGAUCCUCCUCCUGAGCGGCCACCAUGGGAAGUAAGACCCUGCCGGCCCCAGUGCCUAUCCAUCCUUCCCUCCAGCUCACCAACUACUCCUUCCUGCAAGCGUUCAACGGGCUGCCCGCCGUGCCCUCUGACCACCUCUCCAACCUCUAUGGGUUCAGUGCCCUGCACGCUGUACACCUGCACCAGUGGACUUUGGGGUACCCUGCCAUGCAUCUGCCCCGCUCCUCCUUCUCCAAAGUGCCCAGCGUGUCAAGCCUGGUGGAUGCACGGUUCCAGCUGCCGACCUUCCCGCUCUUCCCACAUGUCAUCCAACCCAAGCAAGAGGCCACCAAUGUGACCCUCAAAGCCAAACCACGCUUCGACUUUGCCAACUUAGCAGUGGCCGCCACACAAGAGGACCACUCUAAACUGGGACAGGCAGACAGCCAGGGCUCACCCCCAGGGCUGGGGUCUUUGCUUGAGGUGACUAAACUCUCUCCAGAGAAGAAACCCACGCGGGGAAGGUUACCGUCCAAAACCAAGAAGGAGUUCGUGUGUAAAUUCUGUGGCAGGCACUUCACCAAGUCCUACAACCUUUUGAUCCAUGAAAGAACCCACACCGAUGAACGACCCUACACAUGUGACAUUUGUCACAAGGCCUUCAGAAGACAGGACCACCUGAGGGAUCACAGAUAUAUCCAUUCUAAAGAAAAGCCUUUUAAGUGUCAAGAAUGCGGGAAAGGAUUUUGCCAGUCCAGAACGCUAGCUGUCCACAAGACACUGCACACGCAAGUAAAGGAACUGAAACCUGCCAAACUUAAGUGCUGAAUCUCCAACUUCUGUGAACUUUUCCUCCCCUUCAGACUUUACACCAAAACCAGAGCAGAAACAAAACUUUCAGGAUGGGAGCACUGAACUUUGUGUUUUGUUUUUGUUUGUACUUUAAAAAGAGCAAAAUCCACACCCCACCUCCCCCUACCCAAGCAACUAACUUCCUAAGUCGUGGGUGAAAAGAUUAUUUUGCAUUUAAAAUAUACAUGAAUGAUGCAGAGAGUGCUAGCUGACUUGUGUGGCUUUGAUAAACUUUAUGCCAAAAGGUGGUGCUCACGUGUUGGACAGGAAUCUCUUUAAAACCAAACAAAAACCCACAAGCACCCCCCCCCAAAUCCCAACAAAAAACCCCAAAACUGUAGCUUCCAAAAGUAUUACUUUAAAAAAAAAAGAACCCCCAACCUCUUAUUUUAUACGUUUUUUUGACUGUAUAAAGCUUCUUAUUUUUACACUUCAGGAAAUACAGAGAAUUCCGGAAGACGAUUAAGAACUGAAAUGGUGGUUUCUCAUCACAGCACCAUUAGGACAAGGAGAAGGGCAACUUGCAAAUCUCAUUUGCUAGUUUGUUUUCCUAAAAGGAGAAGAAAAUUAAUGUUUGGAAAUGACCUAUAUCUCUCAAGUGGGGAGUCCUAUCAUGCGCUAGAAAACGCAUCCAGAUCUUAGACCUGCGGGUCCCCGGUGUUCAGGACAAAUCAGUGUUCAUAGGACAUGGAGACCUUUUUUUUGCCUUGUGGUCUAGUGUGCUGUGAGGAGGUUUGUAACUUGUGGACUUAUUUUAAAAAACCCGAAGGAAAGAAAGAUGGCAAUAUGUCAAACUGACGGUAUGCACAACGUGGUUUUAGUGGUACUUUAAAGUCUUCGUGCGUCCUGAUGAGAGAGAACAAAUCUCAACCUGAGAGCAUAUUUUUUUAAAUGCUGGCUUUCUGAACAGUGUAUUCAAAUUAAGAGACAUUCCAAUAAGUUUUGUUUAUUAAAAAAAAAAAAAAAAGUUGUAUGGCUGUUUGGCACUUUAUGCUGAUUAUUGGUAAUUGACAUUUAUCACUGGAUUGUGUGUGUUUUUUAAGUAUUAAAAUAAAUCGUUAUUUUACAGGCAAGUCUGCAUGGACUACAUAU